UCCCCCUCCUCUCAGGCGCGUCCGGGCCUGGGAACUGGCUGCGUCCUAUUGGAAGUGCGCGGGGCCGCCCUUUUACUUUCCCCGGUAACUUUGCCGUGGCGUUGCGGCCACCCCGAGGGGACUUUCCUGAAGGUGUUUCGCCGGGGAGGGCCGGUGCCCAGAGGCCGCGGGCCGCCGAAACAUGUCAUGGAGAAGUGGCGGGGACCCGUCCCAAGUGGAGGGACCACGAGGGAGGAGUGGGAAGGCCCUGCGGACCUGUUCAGGGGUGGAGGGGAAGGACCAGCCUCAAGUUAAGGCCGCUGGUAGGUUAGGCGAACCUCUGAGAACAUGCGCUGUUACAGUUAAAAAGCAAAAAACUGCCAGAUAGUUGUACCCAGUUAGCCACCGAUGAGGAAUUAACCGAGAACAGCAUGCCGGAGUGGGAAGAACUCGCGUUACCAACAAGGGAGAGGGUUCGAGGCAGUAAUAAAAGACUAGUGGCCUUGGUGCCCAUGCCCAGUGACCCUCCAUUCAAUACUCGAAGAGCCUAUACCAGUGAGGAUGAAGCCUGGAAGUCAUACUUGGAGAAUCCCCUGACGGCGGCCACCAAGGCCAUGAUGAGCAUUAAUGGUGAUGAGGACAGUGCUGCUGCCCUCGGCCUGCUCUAUGACUAUUACAAGGUUCCUCGAGACAAGAGGCUGCUGUCUGUAAGCAAAGCAAGUGACAGCCAAGAAGACCAGGAGAAAAGAAACUGCCUUGGCACGAGUGAAGCCCAGAGUAAUUUGAGUGGAGGAGAAAACCGAGUGCAAGUCCUAAAGACUGUUCCAGUGAACCUUUCUCUAAAUCAAGAUCACCUGGAGAAUUCCAAGCGGGAACAGUACAGCAUCAGCGUCCCCGAGAGCUCUGCCAUCAUCCCGGUGUCAGGAAUCACUGUGGUGAAAGCUGAAGAUUUCACACCAGUUUUCAUGACCCCACCUGUGCACUAUCCCCGGGGAGAUGGGGAAGAGCAACGAGUGGUUAUCUUUGAACAGACUCAGUAUGACCUGCCCUCGCUGGCCACCCACAGCGCCUAUCUCAAGGAUGACCAGCGCAGCACCCCAGACAGCACGUACAGCGAGAGCUUCAAGGACGCAGCCACAGAGGUGAGUCCCAGGCUACAUUGGCCGGAACCCAAACACAGAGCCCCUAGGCGAGAAGAUGAGAAGAUUGUACCACAGAUCUGUUUGUGGUCGGUUAUUUGUGGGCGAGAAGAUGAGAAGAUUAACAUCAGUGAGCACCAAUCCUUAAUAGUUAUCAUGGACAUAGCCAGAAAAAUAAAGUUUAAAUUUACCCAUUGGAAAAUGAUGGUUCAGUACAUGUCACCGAGUCACUCUUACUCCUUUAAAAGCUUUUUCUUUUUUGAUAUUACAGCUGAUUACAAGGAGAGCUUUAAUACAAUUGGAAACAUUGAAGAGAUUGCAUAUAAUGCUGUUUCCUUUACCUGGGAUGUGAAUGAAGAGGCGAAGAUUUUCAUCACCGUGAAUUGCUUGAGUACAGAUUUCUCCUCCCAAAAAGGGGUGAAAGGACUUCCUUUGAUGAUUCAGAUUGACACAUACAGCUAUAACAAUCGUAGCAAUAAACCUAUUCAUAGAGCUUAUUGCCAGAUCAAGGUCUUCUGUGACAAAGGAGCAGAAAGAAAAAUCCGAGACGAAGAGAGAAAGCAGAACAGGAAGAAAGGGAAAGGCCAGGCUUCCCAAACUCAGUGCAACAGCUCCUCUGAUGGGAAGUUGGCCGCCAUCCCUUUACAGAAGAAGAGUGACAUCACCUACUUCAAAACCAUGCCUGAUCUCCACUCCCAGCCAGUUCUCUUCAUACCUGAUGUUCACUUUGCAAACCUGCAGAGGACCGGACAGGUGUAUUACAACACGGAUGAUGAACGAGAAGGCAGCAGUGUUCUUGUUAAACGGAUGUUCAGGCCCAUGGAAGAGGAGUUUGGUCCAGUGCCUUCUAAGCAGAUGAAAGAAGAAGGGACGAAGCGAGUGCUCUUGUACGUGAGGAAGGAGACCGACGAUGUGUUCGAUGCAUUGAUGCUGAAGUCUCCCACGGUGAAGGGCCUGAUGGAAGCGAUAUCUGAGAAAUAUGGGCUGCCCGUGGAGAAGAUAGCAAAGCUUUACAAGAAAAGCAAAAAAGGCAUCCUGGUGAACAUGGAUGACAACAUCAUUGAGCACUACUCGAAUGAGGACACCUUCAUCCUCAACAUGGAGAGCAUGGUGGAGGGCUUCAAGGUCACGCUCAUGGAAAUCUAGCCCUGGGUUUGGCAUCUCACUUUGGCUGGAGCUCUCAAUGCGUUCCUCCCUGGGAGAGGCAGAGGACCUGGUCCCAGAACCAGGAGACCCAUCUCCCCAAUCUCUCAACUGCUGUUACAAGACUGAGCUGGGGAGUGGGGCAAGGACAGGCCUCACUGUCGGUGUGCUUGGUCCAUCCACCGGCAUCUACCACGGAGCUGAAGCCUGAGCCCCUAGGAAGAUGCCUUCGGCCUGUCGGAUUCCUAUUUAUUGCCCACCUUUUCCUGGAGCCAGGGUCCAGGCCCGCUAGGACGCUGCAGGUCACCGCUAGCUCCAGAUGAGACCGUCCAGCAUUCUCCCUUCAAGAGAAACUCAUCUCCAACAACCUAAAAAAUUUCCAUCCUUUCUUUCUCACCCCUCCACAUCUCCCAAGUGGCUGGACAAAAUGAGCUACUUCUGGGUGCAGUAGUCAUCGGUGGGGUAAGAGGUGGAUGCCCCCUUUCUGGUCAAACACCUUCAGGUUGCUCUGGGGAAGGUUGUCUUGCUAAAUAUCUCCAGGGUUCCCAGCAAGUGGCCACCAGGCCUUGUACAGGAAGACAUUCAGCCACUGUGUAAUUAGUAAGUAACACAGAAAGUCUGCCUGCCUGCAUUGUACAUAGUGUUUAUAAUAUUGUAAUAAUAUAUUUUACCUGUGGUGUGUGGGCAUGUUUACUGCCACUGGCCUAGGAAAAACACAGACCUGGAGACUGUUUUAACGGGGAUUUUUGCCUCUGUGCCUGUUCAGGAGACAUGCAGGGCUAGGGAGAGGGCCUUUGGGAUGUUAAGGUGACUGCAGCUGAUGCCAAGAUGGAUAUGCCGUGGCCAUACCUGGGGCUCGUUCCCUGUCCCCAGGGGAAGCCCCCUCUCCCUCUCCGUGGACAUGACUCUCCUUCAAGGCCACCACGUUUAUCUCACGAUGAUGUGUUUUGCUUGACUCUCUGACUCGUGGGAAAGGUCAUCCUGUCUGAGACCCCAGCUCCUCCUCCAGCUUUGGCUGCGGGCACGGCCUGAGCAUUCUGGAGAGCCUCUGCAGGGGGCCCUGUGAUUGGCCUGCUACAGAGCUGCUCAGCUAUCAUGAGAAUCCUGGACACUGUGCCUGUGCCUCGCAGUUUACAAGCACGUCCUUCAUCUCGAGUGGUCCUUUCAAAGGCCUGCUGCAGCAUGAGAGCUGCGAACAGCUCAGCUCUAAGUCGGCAGGCUGGGUCUUCCUCCUGGGCCACUAGACGGAAAGGAGGGAUGGUUUGCGUCACUCCUGGAUGCUGGGUUUAAGGAAGUGAGUGAGAUAAUGUGCCAAGAGUGCUGGCUCCUGUGAAACCAGCUUCAGGAGGCAAACUAGGAGAGAGUAUUCUCCUGCUACACGCCUGGGAGCUGGAAGAGAAAAACACUCCCCUAAACAAUCACAAAAUGAUGCACCAUCAUGGACCGCUGUUCUCUUUGAGGGGACAGGUUUAGUUUAGGGGUUUGCAUUUACCCUUGUGGGCUGAAGCACUAGCUUUUUGGUAGCUAGACACAUCUUGCACCUAAGGCCCUGGGUCUAGGACAGUUUCUCUAUAAAUGUCCAGAUUAAUUUGGAAAGCACUUUGACUCUUACCUGGAGGCGCCCUCUCUCAGGGCUUCCUGCGCUCCCGCCUCAUCUGCCCUGAGAUGCAGAGCAGGACAGAGGGGCUGCUUCUAGCUCAGCUGUUCCUCCUUGAGGCUGCAGAGGAAUUAAAUGGGACAGAUAGCAGGUGCUGUGCCCAAGAAGAUCUCUGCGGCAGUGAGGGGGCCGGCUCUGUGUGUCCUCUGGGCAUGUUAACACUUCCUGUGGUGCCAAAGGUUUGCAUCGUGGAUCCAGCUGUGCUCCAGUCUGUCCUCUUCUCCUCCACUCUGACUGCCACACCCCAGAUCAACAGCUCGGCGGGGGCCCUCCAGGGUACUAAUGGGGCUCUGUUCUGAGAUGGACAAAUUCAGUGUUGGAAAUACAUGUUGUACUAUGCACUUCCCAUGCUCCUUGGGUUAGGAAUAGUUUGAAACAUGAUUGGCAGACAUAACAAUGGCAAAUACUCGGGCUGGGACAUAGGACUUCGGAGUAGGAAAAAGACAACGAUUUGGUAGUCUGCCACAAGCAACCUACCCUCUCUCUCUAGCCUCUUUAGGAAACAGUUUGCCAGCCCUGCCCUAAGGCAGAAGAUGAAUUGAAGAUGCUUCUGCAUGUUUCCUAAGUCCCUAAGCAAUCAUGGUGGUGACAAUUGCCACAACAAGGGAUACAAGGCCAGUGUCACCAGACAGUGGUGCCAAGUGCCACCUCCCUUCCGAUCCGUUCCCUCUGAAUCCUCAGAUCAUCCCAGCUUGGCUUUGAUGUGUCCUUCGCUGUGUACGUUAGCAGAGCUUUGAUGAGAAAAAUUUCCUGAGCAAAACACUCCAAAGAGAUAGGAACACUUGCCUCCUCUUCUUUUUUGUCCCUUAAAUUAGUCACACUCAAAUAAAUAAGCUUAAAAAAAUCCAUGGAAGAUCAUGGACAUGUGAAAUGAGCAUUUUUCUUUUUUUAAACAAAGUCUGAACAGAACAGGAGUUUUUUCUCAUACAUCUCCAAAUUGUUUAGACUUUAUGAGUGUUUAGAAGUUGGGAUCAACAGAAAAUGCAGUUAGAUGCCAUCUUGGAAUUGGUUUCUAAAAAAGUAAGGCAUGUCGUGGCCCAGAAACUUAGGAGGCGUGAAAUAACUCAAACGUUUAUUUUCCUUCUUAUUUAAAAUCAUGAAAAUGCAACAGAAAUAGAGGGUUUGUGCCAAAUGCUAUGAACGGCCCUUUCUUAAAGACAAGCAAGGGAGAUUGAUAUAUGUACAGUUUGCUCUCAUGUUAAAAAAAAAAAAAAAAAAGAAAGAAAAAAAAAGGUAAAUGUAACUUAAUAGUUUUGUAAAUGGGAGAGGGGGAAUCUAUAUAAAUACAGUUAUUUUAUUUUUUGUACAUUUUUAAGAAGAAAAAAAUAAAUAUUCAUAACAGAGUAAAA